AGAGAGAGAGAGAGAGAGAGAGAGAGACGGACGCAAUCACAGCUCUCCCGUCGUUUCUUUUGGAUUCCACGCAGUGACUAAAGUGUGGAGACUUCGUUUGAUUUUAGUUGAGCACAUAGGACGUGUUUGUCAGUCAUGGGGAAAGUUUUCCUUGCCGUGUUAAUCGCUUUAAUUUUUCUGAACGCGACGCAGGCUAAAGGACAGAAGGACAGGAAGGUCAAACCCAACAGCACUGACAUCGUCAGACCGAGGACUUUUCAAGGACACGCCAUCCCAGUCAACGUCCCUCUUCCUCCAAACCGAGCGACAGACCCCCAAACACCCGUCCUCCCGUCCGCCCUUGAUUUCGAAGUCAAGUUACAAAGCAACAACACGGCAAACUACCUCCAAGGGCCUCUGAGCAAUAGGUUCAUCCCAGCCGUCUACAUCAUAGCCGCCAUUGUCGGCAUUCCCUCCAAUAGUGCCAUCUUGGUCUCCGUUGGAGCCAAAGUGAGGGUGAUUUCGUCGGCUAUAAUGUACUGUAGCCUGGCAGCGUCCGACCUGCUGCUGUUGUGCAGCCUGUUACUGAAAGCACACUAUCAUCUCAGUGGAAACAACUGGAUAUUCGGCGAAACCGCUUGUCGUAUCACGACCGCCUGUUUUUACGGAAACCUUUACUGCUCCGCGUUCACAUUAGCAUGCAUUAGCAUCAAACGCUACCUAGCUGUGGUGCAUCCUUUCCUUUUUAAGAGCUUACCAAAGCGCACGUUUAGCAUUUGGAGUUGCUUAACCAUUUGGAUUAUAUUUAUUAUCGCCACUGUGCCGGAAUUUCUAGUGCAACAAAGCUACCGCAUCGCAGAUCUCGGAGUAAUCACAUGCCAUGACGUUCUUCCUGCUAAUUUAGAUUACUACCAGUGGCUCAUCUAUUAUAAUAUAGGCUUGACCUGUGUAGGUUUUUUCCUGCCCCUAGUGGUGACAGUGGCAUGUUACACCUCUAUCGUCUGGCACCUGAACCGUUCGCACCGAGACUGGGCUCUUUAUGUCAGAGCUAGCACGUUUAACUUCAUUAUCUUCGUUUUGUGUUUCGGCCCGAGCAGCUGCCUUCAUUUUGUGCAUUACGUUCUGCUGUCCGUCGACUCCACGGAGAGUUUUUACAUUUACUUCAGCGUGGCUGUGUGUCUGUGUUGCCUGCAUUGCGCUCUGGAUCCGUAUCUGUUCCUGCUCAUGUCCAGGACUGUCGGAAGCAAACGCUACUUCCUUACAUUCAAAGGGCGCACGCUUAGCAUCUCCUCGUAAAGUCAACAUGAAAUGCUUGUUGUGCAACCCGUUUAACUUCUCUAGUCUUUGAAACUGGAUAUUGACCUGUCUGAAAUAGCCGAGAGACACUUAGACUAUCAUUUUUUAUUUGGCUUCAAGAAAUGAAUACUUUUAUGCAGCAAGAAUGCAUCAAAUUGAUCAAAAGUGACAGUUAAGACAUUCAUAUGGUUUAUAAUGAAAGAUUUCCUUUGAACCUUCUAUUCAGAAUCCUGAACAAAACUUAUCAAAAAUAUGAAGGAACACAAUUGUUUUUAACAUUGAUAAUGAUAAGAAAGAGCAGCGAAUCAGCAUAUUAGAGUGAUUUCUGAAGGAUCAUGUGACAUCGACAAGGAAGCCUGUUUUUGCCACGGGAUAAAAAAAUAUAAAAAACAUAAUUGUGACUUUUUAUCUCACAAUUUGGACGUUUUCUUGCAAUUCUGAGUUUAUAUCUCAUAAUUCUCUUUUUUAUUUUUCUUGCAGUUCUGAGAAAUAUUCUCAGAAUAGUGAGCUAUAAAAUUUGCGAAAUAUAACUUUUGCGAAAUUGUGAGAUUGUGCUAGAUAUAAACUCAGUAUUGCAAGAUAUGAAUUCGGAAUUCAGACUUUUUUUUUCUCAGAAUAACGAGAACAAAAUUCUGAAUUGUCAGAUAAAAAGUUGCAGUUAUCUUUUUAUUUUAUUUUUUGUGGA